AUGCCUCCUAAACGCCCUGCAGCUAGCGCUAGCACUUCUAGGAAGAAAGCUAAGACAUCGAGUGAUGAACCGUCGAAAAGCAAGCGAUGGUCCGCCGUGUCUGGCUCGGCUAAUGCUGAUGCUGACUACAAAACGAUAUGGGAGAAACCCGACAAAUGGUAUUCGUUUGUAACUAUCUGCCCGCCAAUACCGGACGAUGACGAUGACGAUGACGAGGAAGAGGAAGAGGAACAAGAGGAACAAGAGAAAGAGGACGAUGAGAAAGACCCCGAAGAUGAAAGCAGGGAUGGACCCAGAUGUGCUCGAAAACGUUGUAUAUGCUCCAGACCAGCUGGGGAGAAUCCAGAUCACCCGUGGGUUGUGAGUCGGGCUGGCUACCGGAAAUAUUCUACUCAGCAGAUACAUUUCUCAUUGCGUAACCCUGAUUACUUCGAUAUGUACACCUACAAUGAUCACGUUGGUUACGGAUGCGUUCAGAUUGUGCAGAACUUGGUGUUAGAUUAUGUUGAGGCAGUAGAGCGUGGCUGGAGAGAACAAUGGGCCGUUUGUGAAGGUCUCGGACUUUGGUUGCUGAGCUCAGCUAGCGAUAGCAUGAUGAUGAUUGACGAUGGCGAAUGUGUCGAUCAAACUAUGCGUCUCAUCGGCCGUAUGUUCUUAGAUAUGCUGGCGCAACUCGAUAGCCUGAAUCUGGUUGGCGACGCUACCGACGUUAAGAGCUUGGGCACCAUCAUGGCUAUAUAUUUGAAAAUUGCUUCAGGGGUGCGCUCAAUUGGUGGUAUCCUCGAGGAAGACGACGAUGAUAAGGGAGGUCGCAAAUCGAAAUUUCAGGCCAACCGCUUCGAUGAUGCCAUUCUUUCAUACGCCAAUCAGCGCGGUGUUACAUUACAGGGUCCUGAAGAUAUCGACGAGAUCACUGCAAAUCUCGAGGGAGAGGUAGAGUUACCUAAGAAAAACGCAAAGGAUCCAUGGGGCUUUAAAGCCGCAUUAAAGAUAUAUGUAAAGAAUAACGGCAAAGGAAAGCCCCACGCUAUCGGUGGCGAUGAUCUAGAUAUCACAACAUGGACUAGCUCUCAGCGGAAGGAGGCAAAUUUCGACCAUAAGGACCCAUUAGGUAAGCGAGAGAUUGAUGCGAUCAAAAAGGGGAUGGUGAUGCAACUUGGGUGA